AUGAAGCCUAUCAUUGAGUCCAAGAUCAAAGAGCAGCAAAAGCAGAGGGAUCCCGAAGCCCAGGAGGAAACACUGAAGUCUGUGGACAGCUUGCUGGACCUGCUCAUUCGCGCCGGACUUCGCAGCAAAUGGCCGAUUGAAGCCACGUCCAUGUGGUUAUCAUAUAGAAUCUUUAUGAUCAAUUUCCCGGGUGUACACACGACUGCGGUCUCUGCUACAAGCGUUCUUCUUGAUAUUCUAAGUGAUCCCAUUGAUGAGAAUCUUGUCAAUCAUCUCAGAGCAGAAAUUGAGAGCAUUGCUGGUAAUUCAAGUGGUUACUGGAAUGCAGAGGACCUGGAAAGGGCUGCUCUGCUGGACAGUGCUGUGAAGGAGAGCCUUCGGUUGAACGGCAUCAACGCUGCCAGCCCAACGAGGAAGGUCGUCGCCCCCAAUGGUGUCAGUCUUGCGAACGGUCUUUUCCUACCUUGCGGGACAAAGGUCGGGAUCCCCCAGUAUGCCCUCCACCGUGAUGAGGAAAUAUAUCCGGAGGCGGACAGAUACAAUCCCUAUCGGUUUUACACCGAGAAUGCAUCUGAAAGCGCGAUACGUCAGAGUUCGAUGACCACAACUAGCGAUGAGUAUGUGGUCUUCGGCCACGGCCGUCGGCAGUGCCCUGGACGCUUUAUUUUUGCCCACAUCCUCAAGGUGUUCAUCGCGGAGAUGCUACUAAACUAUGACGUUCAGCCUAUCUUAGUCCGUCCGAAGAUUCACAGAUGGGGCCGUUUCCAGCUGCCACCUGUGACCACAAAGCUCACGGUCCGGCGCAAGAAGCGUGAUUCGGUUAUGUGUGCAUGA